AUGGCCGUCGGCGCCCUCCCUGAGUCACUCACCUCAAAAGCGGCCUCCGCGCCCGCAAUCAACAAGCGCCUCCCUCCUCUCGCCGAUAGAUCUUCUCUCUCCUACAAACUCACCAACCUCUCAAAACAAAAGCUCGCCCGCGAGGCUACUGCCCCGGACCCUGAUAUCCGUCGCUGUCUCGGUCACUUCCGUAUGCACUGCAUGUCGGUAGAAUUCGCCCAGCAGGAGAUGGCCACCAAGAUCACCUCCUUCGAGUUCGAGGACGACAGCGAGUCCGAGGACGAAGAGGCUCAGGCACCGGCCGAAGAACAAAAGGAUAUUGAAUCAUCUACUACUACUGCUACUGUCACCGUCACUCCUGCUCCUACUCCUGUCGAACCUGAAGUACAAGUCGAGGCUGUCGAGUCACCGACCAAGGACUCCGAAAAGGAUAUCCAGGUGCAUGUCGACGUCAUCUCUGAUGAUGACAAGGAUGCCGGCCUCGUCGACAAGAGUCGUCGGUGUCUUGAGAAGGCUCAGAUCUGGCCUUCGCCGGCGCAAUGCAUACCUGUCCGCAUCGCCUCAUAA